UUCAUUGUAGAUCAUCCAUUUUCUUCAUUCCACUCCAUUCCAUUCCAAUACCUUAGUUAAAUCGCUGAUAAUGACCAAUUCAGAAGACGCCACUAAAGGUUUGACAAACCCAUUUGCAGACAAUGGAGAUCGGACUCCACUCCAUAGGGAAGAGCCAACAACUAUGGAUAUCGACGACGCAUGUGACGAUGCCAGUGACACAGAUUCAAGUAUUUCGUCGUCAUUACCUAGUUCAUUCUACAGGGAAAACAGAUUUACAGGACAAAGACGAGCAUCAAUCUCCGGCCUUUCUACACCGAAACACACUGAGCAUCCUAUCCUUCUCGCAGAUGCAAGAGAAGCAGCAAUACCCCGACGCCGCGUCAUAACUAGUAUUCCCACAGAGAACUCUGAUGAUGAGCUUAUUUCGACCCCUACAAGAACAGGGCUUGGAAAGCAACGGCCAACAUUUUCGAGAUCAAGUUCAUUAUUGACACGUAUGUACGAGAAAGGAACUCUUCUUGGAAAGCACCCACAAUCGCCAAGCCCAGGAGAUGAGCUUGGGAUUCGGCCCAAGGGGCUUAAAAGUAAUGGAUCCAAAGGUAGCGAUAGGAUACCCGCUCUGCCCGAUUUUUCGCUACUGGACGCAACAGAACUAGACCAGAGCACUCGAUUAUGUUCGCCAGUACAUCCACCUGAUUUUGGUACACCUCCGGGGACACCAAAACAAACACAGUCAAUAUUUGAGCCUUUUGACAACGAUAGCAACAGUAGUAAUAACGACGACAACCCAUUCCUCGGCCCGCCAACACGUAAGGCGCGAUUUGAGAUGGAUUACCUUUCUGAGAGUCAGUGGUAUUCGGACUAUCCGCAUCAUUUGACAGUGGAUUAUCUAGAAGAUUUAUUCAACCUGGAUAGACGAGUGAUGUUUACGAAUACGAAAUCAGGUUCAGGAAAUUCUCCUAAUUACUUAAAAUCUAAUUUUUAUAUCAAUGAGCCACCUAUUGGGAUCGGAGCGUAUUCAGACGUUCUCAAGGUUCAGAGCAAGCAUAACAAAGAAUUUUACGCUGUCAAGAAGCUCCUAAAGAGAGUACAAGGGGCAAGGGAAAGGAAGCAUUAUCUCAACGAGGUCAGGAAUAUGUGGCGCGUGGAAAAAUCGUCUAACGUGUUACAAUUACUAGAGGCGUGGGAGCAAAAGGGCAAGAUCUAUAUGAGGAUGGAAUUGUGUAAGCUUGGAAAUUUGAAAUCAGCGCUGAUGGCACAAAAGAGAUAUCGUGGAAUCGAUGAAAAGAGAGCAUGGAAGUGCCUGCGAGACUUGGCUUCUGGUCUGAGGGCAAUUCAUGACAGCAACGUUAUUCAUUUAGAUAUCAAACCUGAAAAUGUCUUUAUCUCUUCUACAGGGGCUUUAAAGAUAGGUGAUUUUGGGCUUUCAAUCACAUAUCCUAUUGAGGUCAAGGACAUCAAUGAGGGAGACAAAUUCUAUUUGGCACAAGAGUUGCUGAAUGGCCAAUGCGGGAAAUAUUCAGACAUCUUCAGUUUAGGUAUAUCCAUGUAUGAAAUUAUUACAAAUCAAAUUGGGGAUCUACCUGGAGAAGGCCCUGCAUGGCACUACCUCAGAGAUGGUGAAUUGAACAUGAGUCAGUAUAUGAUUCUGGAGAGUCAAACCAAUGAGCCAGCUGUCACGCGUUCUAUUCCAGUAUUAGUGUCAUCAACCUCCUCAGUCUCUCAAGAAGCAAUAGUAGGGGGAAUAGGAAAAGCAAAAGAAGCAGAAGGUACAAAAGAAGCAGGGGAGGCAGAUGGGGUGAGAAAAGUAGAAAUAGAAGGGAUAGAGCAGGAAAGCGAAGUAUCAGAACCAUCGAGAAAGGAAUUAUCAGCAGAGUCUCCGGCACCAUCACCGGUUGGGGAGGAAUCUGCUAGCUCACCUGGUUCACCACUCAAUCAGGCAUCAAAAUCGACCCAUAGGUUCUUCUCCAAAUCUAUGGUAGAUCUUAUUAAAGAGAUGAUGCAACCUUCGUUUGAGCAACGGCCAACAGCAGCAACGAUCUUGAAGCACCCAAUGAUCCAAAGCAUUCUGAUCAAGCGUGGUGGGCAAUCGAGCAAUGCAGGAGUGCGAGCAUCUGAUGAAGCCAUGAGUGGGCUACUACUUCAGUCGAUUUAAGAAAAACCUAGGC